AUGACCGGCUGUGCUCACAGUGCACCUGCCGGGGAUGCAAUGAGCUCUUUCCACCACGACUCCGAGCAAAAGGAAAGAAAUCGGAAGCGAUACAUACGUCUUCAUAAUCUUCUCGGAAAGCUUGGCCAGAUUGUAAUCUGGGUGCUGAAACCACCAAAUUAUCACAUCUUGCGAAGGUUUGCGAACUUAACACAAGGUCCCUCCGAGGAGGUCGCGUAUCGGGAUGCGGGGUCCCUUCGGGACCCGAUUGAGAGGCUUAUGUUAAGCUCGGAAGGCUCGGAGUUGAUCAACCCGCAUCGAGAUGAAAUUUUGAACAAAUAUAAAGACCAACUGCCACUCGAUGUCAGGAGAGGUCAGGGAGCCGUCGAAGCCCGCGGAGAGCUGUUUGGCAGCACCGCAUCCAUUUUACAUACACCGUUUGUCCCACGCGCGUUAUCCGAACUGGAAACACAUAUAUACGGGGCUGGAGAAUGCGUGCACUUGUUGGGCAGAGUAACCUACCAACUUUCAGGCCCCCAUAGCGCGGAAUCCAUCUCAAGCGCCUUCCAGAUUCAUAUUCGAACAACUCCCUGCUCAUCUGCGCAACAAGAUUUGUUAGUGAAGGCUAGUGGCAUCUUAGUUAGCAAAAUCGGAGACUGCGCCCACAGAAAAGUCAUUUUUCCUGCUCUCAAAUUCGGCCUUGGCGAUCAAGCACAUUUCAAAACAAAUCGGCAAUUUGGUCGCAUUGAAUUCCAAACGGCCCAAUAUUCCGAGCUUGAAGGAGUAGAGCCGCCCAGCCCGUCUAUCAUAACUUAUUUAUUGGAUAGCUUAACUCUCAAAAAGAUCAACAUCUUAGAGGAAAGUACCAUUGCUUUCAGCAAAAGAGAAUUCCCCCGAUUUCGACAUGCGCUUCAGUGCCCUUUAUCCAGAUCGUCCCCAACAAGUUCUUUGGAAGAGAAGACACUUGUUUCUAGUUGGUCAAGAUUCGAUGACAAAUCUUUUUUCGAACUUGGCAAACGCAAUACACUCACUCCACCUCACCAUCAUCAGUUUCUCUCCGAAAAACACUUGGCCAAUCCCGUCGUUUCUCAAUCGCUUGACCGACGAAAUGUGAGCGCUCAGAAGGUAUCCUUAACCAAUAGUUUGAAGACUGGAACCGGUUCCGACUUGGCGUCUGCUAGUAAGAAGAUGUAUCGAAUUUAUACGAAUGUCAACAGCGUGUACCUGGCAAUUACACUCAUCCCAGCCUUCAUAAUUUGCUACGGAUCAUUUUCCUCCUUUCUCAGGGAGAGACUAUAUCUUAGUGAUGCUAUGCUUGCUGUUUCCUUUGGAGUUUUGAUGGGGCCACACGUCGCUGGCCUUAUCGAUCCACGCUCAUGGGGAGGAGGCGCAAGUUUUAAUGAGAUCACGCUCGAAAUUACCCGGAUAAUUGUCGCAUUGGAUGUGUUCUCAGCUGGAGUUGAAUUACCAGCUGCUUAUAUUCUUCGCCAUUGGCAGACUAUGAUUUGCCUUCUUGGUCCGGUUGUGCUGGCCGGUUGGUUUAUCAGUGGCGCAUUUAUCAUCCUCUUGGUCCCUGCACUAUCCUAUCUCGAGGCCCUCGUCAUCGCCGCUUGCGUCUGCCCGACCGAUAUCCUCCUUGCUUCAUCUGUUGUUGGCAAUGGUAGAUACGCUCAAAAACACGUCCCUCCACACCUACGACACUUGCUCCAGGCCGAGGCUGGCGCGAAUGACGGUGUUGCCAUUAUACUCUUAUACUUCACCUUAUUUCUUCUUCUUCGGAACAACUAUUCGGUCGGACAUGCCAUUGGUGACUGGCUCUUGCUUGGUGUCUUGUACCACAUACUAGUCGGAAUUAUCAUGGGAGCUGUUGCAGGAAUAAUUGCGCGCGAAACUCUGAAAUUUUCCAAGCGCAAAGAGUUGAUUGACAAGGAAUCCAUGGUUGCCAUGUAUAUAGCCCUGGCGCUGAUGACAGCAGGCGUCGCGAUCUUGGCUGGAGCUGACGACAUCAUGGCAGCUUUCGCGUGCGGAACCGCUUUUGCCUGGGAUCAUUGGUUUUCUGAAGAAAUUGAGGCUUCCAAUUUUUCACAAAUUCUUUCUCACUUGGUGAACACUUCCGCCUUCAUCUACGUGGGCGCGACAAUUCCCUUCGAAUUGUGGAACGAGGCUGCUCUAACUUUGACAGGCUGGAAAAUGGUUUUGCUAGCGUUGUCUAUCCUUCUUCUCCGCAGGCUACCGGUAAUGAUCCUCUUGCGCAAGCUGAUCCCGGAUUUGAAGACAAACAAAGAAGCAGUGUUUUGUGGGCAUUUUGGACCAAUCGGGGUCAGCGGACUAUUCAUCAGUAUUCUUGCCACGGAGAAGCUCCCUACGCCUCAAAUCCCUGCUCGGUCAAGUCUUGACGUGCUUGCGUUGACGAUUCAGCCAAUCAUGUAUCUUCUUCUCUGCUUUUCCGUAUUUAUCCAUGGGCUUUCUGUCCCCUUUUUUAACCUCGGCAAAAACUUCGGUUCACGCGUGAAUUCCUUGAGAAGAAGUGGGACCUUCACGUCUAGCAUUCGAUCCGGUCGGUUCAAUAACUUCACCCGAUACGAUCCGACGAACAUCGAUCACGGUGUUGGCACCUUGCAAACUGAACAACAAUCACUGGUAGCCUCACCACCGCCUUCUCCUACUCCGACCAUCAAUUCACGGGCGGCUUAUAACAGGUCAAUUGCUAUAAGUCAGAUCACACACGUUGAUGUGGACUGUGACUCGGAUGCGGAGGAGACUAAAGGAACCCAUCAUAACUUAAACAAUCCCGAGACGCAAUCGCUCCUCAAGAAUCAAGAGAAGAUGCCUGAUGGCUGGGUCGAACCUCAGCCAGUCCAAGCCGCCAAUGGAACCACGAUGUACAAGUGUGGAACACAUUUAAUUGUCGAGCGCAGCGAUGGAAAAGAACUCGAGGUGUGGCGUUUGCAACCGGCAUCAGUCGACAAGGCUCUCGGCCCGGCUCCCCUACCCGGCCCAUCCGAAUCUUCAAUAUCUCGUGACCUGGAAGGGAUUGGAGCCAGAAGCCACUUAUCUGACUUUUGCGCUCAAUCGGCUUCCCUGGUUCAGCUUUUACCUCCUGCAGAACUGAACAAGAAUGAAAAAUCGACAACGCACGCCACCAGCAAAGAUUGCCCACCGGUUCCAGGAAAGGUCAGUGGGCAAAAGGGGUUGGGUGGCCCACAAGUUAGCAAGGAAAUGGAUCCCACCACGUCUUCCUCACGAGCAGUGGACAGCGAGGGCGAAUCUGACGAAUGGGUUGAAGAUGACCAACCGGCGCUGAAGCGGACUACUCGUCCUAAAUCGAGCCGCAUCAGACUGCGCCCCAGGAAAUUUACUAGUCGCCCGAAGCGCCGGAUGUCUUGUAAUUCUCUGAAGCUGGCAGAUCCCAUGGACAAGAAUAGAACUCUGCGCGAUGGUUCGCGUACAUCGAUGGAACAGAAACUGGGUUCCGCCCGAUCUCCAUCGAGAACCACAUCACCAGCUGGCCGAUCAAUUGGUGGCAGGAGCCAUAAGAUAUCUGCUCACAGACGUUCCACGCUCAUCAAAGCUGAAACAGACGCCCCGUUCAAUCAACUCACCCUAGCGGCCAAGCCUAAUGACGAAGACACAGACAAACGAAAGCCGUUUCCCAUCAAGGAAUCCUCCAGACCUCCUUCGCCGAACCUCAAAAACAAGGGGGCAGAGCAAGUCGAAGCGAGGUCGCGCAAACGGCAAGGAUCUCAAUCCCAGGCUGAUCCCAACCGCAGAGUGAGCUUCGUUGACCCUUCGCAAAGAUAAAUGCCAUUCAUGCAGACCUUGUCAUAGAGAGAGGAACACAACUCAGACGAUUCAGCACGCGCGUCAUUGAUUAGCUUUAAACCAAAGUUUC